UUGCACUAAACACGUUGUUGACGUAUAGGUUACAUUCAUGUAUCUCUUUAAAUUACAGUAAAGAGAAAGAUUUUCCGUGAAGUACGCUUUUCAAUUUUCUAUGCAAAAAAUCGUCUAGUGUACAAUGGCUUCCGGUUUCCGUUGUAUUUCGCUCCGGGCCUCGUAUCCCACAACAAAUCCGAUGGUUUGGACGAAAAGCAACCAGUCGGUUGAAUUAGUUGCAAGUAAUCGUGUUUAUGGAGCUCAUAAAAAAGGAUUCAACCUAAUACAAUGCUAUGUAGAUAAACCAAAGGCUUUAGCCAUUACCUGUUUUGACACUUUAGAAGAUUCUCUUUCAAGCAAAAAUCAAAUUUCUAGCCAAAUGGUUGACAAGCCAUUACAAUUGAAGUGUAAUCCAAAGGUGUUUGGAAAGCACUAUACAGCCGUUAGUCUACAGCAACACAUUCAAGCAAAUGACUUUGUGAGGCAAUUUAGAGCCCACAGAAACUUCUGUCUGGGACGGAAUGAUUUGCAGGAUUGCCAUUUGAGCAUUGAAGACGACCAACUUCAACAAACUUUAGUUUCAAUGACUGUGGAUCAGCCUAGUUUUUCAGCUUACUUUUGUAGUCAAUUGUCUCGUAAUGAAAAGCUUUUGCUUUCAACUGGGGAUACUCCACAGACAAGUUCCAACAACAUAGAAAAUCAAGGAUUACCAUCCCCAUCACAGUUACAGCAUGUAUUUGAUGUUCUCAGAACCACGUUACCCAAAUUAUUUAUUCAACCCAUGAAUUAUCAAAUUUACAGCCCCGACGUUGUCUUUGAAAAUCGAAUUAGAGGAACCCGUACAGCGGGGCUAUACAAUUAUGUAAAACAAGUGGCACUUCUUCGAUGCGUUGGACAUUUGAAAUACGCAUACGUCCGCUUCGAAAUUUUAAAAAUUACUCAGCAUCCCGAAGACGGCACGAUUAAAGUUCGUUGGCGAAUAUGUGGCAUCUCAGGACUGAAAGUUCUUUUGCAAUUUUGGCGCUAUAAGCUGUGGCAAUGGAAAGAGGUUCUACAAAAGCAGGAAAGUUGGUAUGAUGGAUUUUCUACUUUCCACGUGUCUUCUAAAGGACUCAUCACGCUUCACGUAGCUGACAAGAUGAUGCCCGAUGACGAUAAAGCAACCGAAACGAACAAAGGCAUUCUAGCAGCUAAACUAGCUCUGCUGUUGGGCCUUCUUCCACAGCAUAAUUCGAAAAACUUGUCGGAUGUGAUGGAAAAUCUGCUAAUUAAUUCAACUGUGAAAAGUCAGGCAUGAAAUGCCUAACAAACGUCCCUAGUUUAAUUUAGAAUUUAAAUAGCAGAAAUGUGAUUCUGCGCUUCUUCUGCCAACAACCCAGGAAAUUCUUUAAAUUUUCCGAAAAACUUGGUGUAUAGUUUGUCAAAAUGGGUCUAUCAUAAAUAAGCUGGCUAAACUGGAUAUGUAUUGAACUCCAAGGCAACAAGAGCAAAUUCAAUAAAUUGUCCAAAGAAA